AAAAAUUUCUCCGUCGACGAUCAAACAGCGCCAAAAGUCCCGUUUCAGUAGCUGACACAAACUUCUUCCAUCCGAGAUUUUCCGUAAAACCAAACCCGAAAGGGAAAUCUCUUCUGUAUUGUCAAUGGCGUUGGAAGCUCGCGAGUACAGCCUAAGCUGCGAACUCCGAGCACACGAAGACGACGUUCGAGGAAUUUGUAUUUGCGAUGGCUUCGGAAUUGCCACUUCGUCGAGGGACAGGACGGUGAGGUACUGGACUCCGGACCCCGAGAAGAAGCACAGUUAUGUGCUGUGUAAGACUCUCGUUGGGCAUUCGAGCUUCGUUGGACGGCUUGCAUGGAUCCGUCCUUGUGAGCGAUUUCCAGAUGGUGGGAUCGUGUCCGGUGGGAUGGACGCACUUGUUUUGCUUUGGGAUUUGAGGACGGGCGUGGCCGUGGAAACGAUGAAGGGGCAUGGGUUGCAGGUUACGGGGGUUGUAGUUGAUGAUAAUGGGGAUAUCAUUUCAACUUCCAUUGACUGCACGAUUCGGCGGUGGAGGAAAGGUUGUGAAGUUGAACUCUGGGAAUCUCAUAAGGUGGCCAUUCAAGCGAUAGUAAGGCUAUCCUCUGGUGAUCUUGUCACUGGUUCUAGUGAUUCAACCAUUAAGCUUUGGAAAGGACAAAACUGUCAACAUACGUUUGUGGGCCACACAGAUACAGUGCGAGAUUUAGCUAUUAUACCAGAUUUGGGGAUCCUUUCUGCUUCACAUGAUUCCUCUGUGAGGCUCUGGGCUUUAACUGGCGAAGUUUUGAUGGAGAUGAUGGGCCAUUCAUCUCUGGUGUACUGCGUGGAUGCACAUCCAUCUGGGCUUGUUGCAAGUGGGAGUGAAGACUGCUCCCUCAAGAUUUGGAAAGACGGGGCAUGCGUUCAGAGCAUUGAACACCCUGGGUGUGUUUGGGAUGCCAAGUUCCUGGAAAAUGGAGAUGUUGUGACUGCUUGUUCUGAUGGAGUUGUAAGAAUUUGGACAUUACAUGGUGAUCGUAUUGCUAAUCCCUUGGAGCUCGAAGCAUAUGCACUGGAACUAUCUCACUACAAAAGCAGCAGGAAGAAAGUUGGUGGCUUGAAGUUGUCAGAUCUUCCAGGUUUGGAGGCUUUGAAGAUUCCAGGCAUGACUAAUGGGCAGACUAAAGUUAUUAGAGAUGGGGAUAAUGGUGUUGCUUACUCGUGGAAUGCAGAGGAGUAUAAAUGGGAUAAGAUUGGUGAAGUUGUUGAUGGACCAGGAGAUGAAAACAAUAGACCGAUACUUGGUGGCAUUCAAUAUGAUUAUGUUUUUGACGUUGAUAUUGGUGAUGGCGAACCUGUUCGUAAAUUGCCAUACAAUCGAGGAGAUAACCCUUACGAAGUUGCUGAUAAGUGGCUUCUGAACGAAAAUCUACCCCUUUCUUACCGCCAACAGAUUGUAGAAUUUAUACUCCAAAAUACUGGGCAGAGGGACUUUUCACUUGAUACAUCAUUUCGUGAUCCUUACACUGGCUCUAGUGCUUAUAUUCCUGGAGAAACUUCCUCUUCUAUAGGUACCAUGGCAAAACCUACUUACAAGCAUAUUCCAAAGAAAGGAAUGCUUCUCUUUGAGACUGCACAGUUUGAUGGUAUUCUGAAGAAAAUUACAGCAUUUAAUCUGGCGCUUUCAGCUGAAAUGGAGCAUAACACAUUGUCGUUGUCAGAUCCUGAGUUAUCAAGGUUAUCAGCAAUUGUAAAUAUAUUAAAAGACACGGCACAUUACCAUAGCAGUACAUUUGCUGAUGUUGACUUUAUUAUAUUGUUUAAGGUCCUAAAAUCAUGGCCAGUUUCUGUAAUUUUUCCAGUAAUAGAUAUUUUAAGAAUGCUAAUCAUACAUCCUGAUGGGGCCAGUAGGCUUCUCAAGCACAUUGAACAAGGAAAUGAUGUAUUCUUGGAGAUAUUAAAGAGAACGACAGCAGACCCAACACAUGCAGGAAAUCUUUUAACUCUCAUACGCGCCAUCACUAACCUCUUUAAACACUUAUUUUUCUCUCAAUGGCUACAUCUUCAUUGCAGUGAGAUUCUUGAUACAUUGUCAAACUGUAGACCAUCAUUUAACAAGAAUGUGCAUUUCGCUUACUCGACUUUGGUACUCAACUAUUCUGUGCUAUUAAUUGGAAUGAAAGAUGCCAAAGGCCAAGGUCAAAUUCUAUCGGCUGCCCUUGAGAUUGCAGAGGAUCAGAGUCUUGACGUUGAUUCAAAAUUUCGAGCGCUAGUUGCAAUUGGAUCACUUAUGCUAGAAGGUGUUGUGAAAUCAAUUGCGCUUGCCUUUGAUGUUCAAAGUAUAGCUAAAGAAGCAAAAUCCUCCAAGGACGCAAAGAUUGCUGAGGUGGGAGCCGACAUUGAAAACUUGCUUGCAUCAACCUAACCAUCAUUAUACUGGUGUUCCUCUUCUGCUGUUUUUCCCCUGCACAGUGGACUGAUCUGCGUGAGUAGCAUCAAAACUGAUUGUUGGAAAUAUUGAUUUUUAACACCUGAUUAACUGUCUUAUUUUUAACAUUAUGCUUAAAUUUAAUUUACUGCAGAGUUAUAACUUAUGUUGCAGGAUGAAAUCAGCAUGUUUAUUUUAUUGGUUUACUUAACAUUAUAGUUCUUUCAUGCUGAAGUAGUUUUACACAUUUUAA